CAGCGCGUGUGUGCGCGCGGAGGCACUCAGACAGACAGAGCGAGAGAGAAAGAGAAAGAGAGAGAGAGAGAGAGAGAGAGGACUGUACCAGCUGGUAGCUACGCAUCAACCUGAACAGGAUCCCCACAGAGACGCACACCGCGCAGCCAUGAGCGAGAGACAAGCAUCUGGAGCUACGACUGGAAGCAGCAAGCCGUCUGCUGGCCAAGGGCUCCAAGGUCAACAAAAGGUCCCAUCCAAACAUGAGAAGAAGAACAACCUCCCGCAGGACUUUGACAUCGACAUGAAGGACCCGGAGACCGAGAAGGCCGCCGUGGCCAUCCAGUCUCAGUUCAGGAAAUUCCAGAAAAAGAAGCAGGAUGUGAAGUCGUAGAGCGGACGGCGUUCAGCCGUGUCCUCACUCGAUGUGGGCCGAGUCUUGCAUGUCAAUCAAACUGCACCGUCAUGAACUGAGAAAGAGGGUGGGGGUGAGGGUCUUGAAGGCGGAGGUGAGGGGAGGGGAAAGGGGAGGCCUGAGGGUAAAAAGUAUCUCUGUGAAAGUUUGUGUGAAAUUACUUACUUAUAACGACUAAUAUAUAAAAAAAUAAUCAAGUUCUGAAUGUGUGUAUUUCAAUCUUUCCUUUCAUUUUGCUCUUCUUUGACUUUGACUUCGAUGACACUUCAUAGUUUAGCAGCUUAACAUUUCGUACAAAACUUUCAGUGUAAGAUACUCAUGAUGACAGGAAAAUAAAAAAACAUCUCAUUAAACGUUGAACAGCGUUGACUUAAAUUCAGGAGGAAUAUAAAGCCACAUGCAUCUCUGUAAUUGAUUUCAUCAACUCUGCAGAGCGUCGUUAUCUGAACAUGUUUCUGCUCGUCCGGACGUCUGUUAAAAGCGCGCGCCCUCUGGCUGUGUAAAAAUGAUCCCACGCAGUCAGCAGUGCUUUCAUGCUGAACGACUGUUGCUUUUAAAAAUCAAAUCAAUGUCUAAUUUGUAACUGGAAGUCAGAGGUCUCCCCUCCAUCUUGUCUUAUUUUCCAUCUGAAGACGUGAACCUCUCUGAGCUGUGUGUCUUUGUUUCGGUUGUAGAUGUCGUGUUUGUGAUUUGGUUCAGAUCGUGUUUUUUCUCUCCUUGUUUUUUCUGUUGUGCAAAAUCCAUUGUGGUUUAAACAAUGUCAUUGUUCUGUUGGCUCACACAUGUAUCCUGUACAAGCACAUUCAAAUAUGCAUGCAAGCUUGCAGAGAUGGACACACACAUACACACACACACAUGCAUUUACAUACAAAGAGAGAAAUAAAUAAAGACAUUGAAACGGAGUACAAGUUGUUCCUCUGCAAUGA